UAAGAAUAACAUACUUAAAUUACCGUUUGCUUGAAAUAAUUAUGUGGCCGUUAACUCAGCUGCCAAAAUAGGACACAUGCAAAGUAAUGGUACACUAUCAAUUAUCGCUCAAAUCAUGAUGAUUUGGUUUAAUUAUUUUGAAUUUUAAAUUUGAAUUCCCAUAUUCUUGAAAGCAUAGUUUGGGUGAUGUUUUUUAUUAUAAAGUGGUACAGGUCGUACAGGUUUUACACCUAAUUAAAUUAUUAGUGAAAUAGAAAGCCGAAAGCCAUGGGUGGCAAUAAGCAAGCAAACAAGAAGAAGCAAGAGCAACAGAAGAAGCAAGCUGAGCCUGAGUCUGUGAACCACAAACCAAAGUCAUCCCCAAAACAGAAGAAUAAGCAAUCUAACAAAUCACAAAAUGAAUGCCGCGGCUGGUCAUGUCUCGGGAAGCUGAACCUGCUGCUGCUGCUGGCGGCCGCCGUGCUGGCCGGCCGCCUGCUGUUCCUGAAUGCAGACGGUGACCUGUCUGAGCCGGGCCUGGAGCGGGCGCGCGCCCGGCUGGCUUCCAGCUGGGCCACCGUGGCCGCCCUGUCGCGCGAGCACGGCGGCGCCGCGCUCCAGUGGGCCUCCGAGCGCGCCGACACCGUGGACCGCUACCUGAUGGACACCCAGCGGCCCUACUGGGUGCCCGUCAAGGAGGGCGCCGGUCGAGCCUGGAACGUGACGCGACACUAUGGCUCCAUCGCCGGAGAGCGCGCGCUGGCUGUUACUUCGGUGGCCAUCAGGAAGACGUACGAGGCGGCGUCGGCCGGCUGGGCGGUGGCCAAGCCGCACUGUGACACCGCGCUGGCCGCUGUGAAGCCGUACUGGGACUCUGCUGUGGUGGCGAUACGGCCACACUGGGACACGGCGGCCGCGGCGGCGGCGCGCGGCUGGAACGCCACGGCGACGGCGGCCGGCCCGCUCUGGGAAGCGGCCGCCGCCCAGGGCACGGCCGUCAAGGCGGGGGUGCUGUCGGCGGCGGCGCGGCUCCGCCAGGACGGCGGUCCCGUGGUGGCCGAGUGGGCGGCCGCCGCGCAGCGCGCCGCCGGAGACGCCUGGGAGGUGGUGCAGCGCGAGGGCCCCAAGUACGCCUCGGCGGCCGGGAAGUGGCUGGCGCAGAGCUGGGACUAUGUGCGCACUGAGGGACCCGUGUACGCCACAGCGGCGGUAGAGAAGGUGAAAAAGGCGGUGGCCGGUCUCACUGGCAGCGCCUGAGCCGGUGUACAAAUACGACGCGCGUGUCCGACGGCGUCUCUUGCCAGAUCUGUGCGGUUCCGGCUCCGAUCCCGGGGGCCCGGGGCAGUCGGUCAGCCCCGGCGGCUGACACAGAGUGUCACUAGUCUUGUCGAAAUUCGCCGCGGCGCCGGACCUCCGCCUUGCCUCCGGGCGAGGCGAGAGCGGAGCUCCGGCCGUCCCGACCGUCUGUUGGCUCCGGUGACCGUGUGUUCAACCCGUUUGGCAUCUAGAACUUCCCGUGUGUCCCAUAUAGAGACCUUAUCACAAAGUGAUUAUCGGUGUCAGCGCGUCGACUGAUCGCAUCUAGACAACCUCCCAUCCCGCCGCGUGGUAUAUUGUGAUAUUAUUCCAGCGAUCGUGUGUAUUCGCGUUUCGCGAUUGGGCAACGCUUUUAGUAUUUAUUCCUUUUUGGUUUACACAAUAGGCUCGAAACAAUACAGGAUCAUGAGGCUAAAUAAAGA